CACAGAGAUCAUACCUGCCAAGAGCUGGAGGCUGCUGCUGCUCUGAGUGCUAUAAUCUAAAGAAGAGCUUUUACUGGCUGGGAAAUAUUGACCAGCUCCAGAUUUAGGAACUGACUGCUACAGCUCCCUCCCUCCUGCUUUCAUCCACUCUGUGGUGCCGUCAGUCUGCCUCCGGCUGAUGUGCUUAUUGGCAGCUGCAUCAUUCCACGCUGAUGAAUUAUUGGGAUUUUUCUACUCUUCCUGUYUGGUAUUGAAGCUGCGCCUGUAGCACCUCUGGGCUAAUUCUCAUUGACCCACUGUAUACAGCAUUUUUGAUUUGAUUUGACCCCACCUCCCAGGGUGAGGGGUUUCUAGUCAGGAUGUUCUCCUCUUCAUCCAGAAACUCUCUGCUGUCGCCGUGGUCAUCCAUGGAGCAGUCGGACUCGGAGGUUCUGGACAUCAGCACUAAAGUGCAGCUGCACGGUGUGCUGUGGAAGAGACCUUUUGGACGGCCAUCAGCCAAGUGGUCCCGCAGAUUCUUCAUCAUCAAAGACAGCUUCCUGCUGUACUACGCAGAGAGCGAGAGGAAAAACUUUGAGACCAACAGAUUCUUCAACAUCCACCCCAAGGGAGUCAUUCCUCUCGGAGGAUGUGUGGUGUCGGCCAACGAGGAGAUGGGGAUGCCUUUUGCCAUAGUGGUCAACCUGGAAGAUUUCACUGGAACAAUAGUCCUGGCAGCUGAGUCAGAACCRGAGCAGGCCCAGUGGAUAGAGAUGCUCCAAGACUCAGGAAAAGUUACAUGGAAAAAUGCCCAGCUGGGGGAGGCCAUGAUAGAGAGCCUGGAGGCUCAGGGUCUGCAGCUGGCCAAGGAGAAACAAGAAUACCUGGAUAAACUGAUGGAGGAGACUGAGGAGCUGAGUCAUCAACGGGCUCAGAGAGAGGAGCUUUCCCAAGAGAAACAGCGAAGGUUACWGCUGCUGGGGGUCAAAGGUCAAGAGAAGAGUGAUGAUGGGUCAGCAGAGGAAGAUGUGGAGCACAUCGAGGAGCAGAUGAAGAUCCUGCUGAAGGAAAAACAUCAGGCUGAGGAGAAGCUCCAGGAGAAUGAGCAGCGAGCUAAAGUCCUGCAGCAGGAGAGGGAGUUCUUCUCAGCUCAGGCCCAGACGCUGCAGCAGUCCUUGUCCCAGCUCACUGUGGACAAACAGCAAACAGAGGCUGAGCUCAAGGGGGAGAUCCAGGCUCGACUGGAGCUGGAGCAGAAGCUGAAGCAGGCUGAGGAGGCUCUGGUGGACCUGGAGAAAGGUCUGAACUCACUGGAAAGAACCAAAGAGGGAGAUGAGAAGAUGAAGGGAGACGUGACACAGCUAAAGAAGUUCUUUGAGGAGUGUAUCUGUGCAGCAGAGAUCGAGGCGAAGCUUCCAGCCAUAAUGAAGAAUGCUGUGUAUCUUCACAAAGCUGCAGCACGCAGAAUUAAGAGCUGUCGAGUCCAGAGAAGAGCCUCCAGACGCCAUUGGUUGAAACCCUCCAGGUCGUUUGCUGAUGAUGGCAGCGUGGAGGAGUUACGGGCCACGGCUCGACGGCUGACCUCCGACAGCAGCUUCAGAGAGAGCGUGUACAAGAUCAUCACCCGCAAGGAUGGUCCCAACAAAAGCCUGGACUGAAGGCAGGAUGAAUCCUGGGCAGGGUGCUCGUUGGAGCGUUUCAUUUCAAUGAAUAUGUAUGUUAUUGAGAUUAAUGUAUUUUUUUCAAAAAAGAGAAAAAAAAGUAGAAAAAUCUUGUCACAUUCCUUUAGGAGCUCACAUAUUUCAUCAGUUCAGACACACAACGCUGAGAACUGAGGUGUCAGUGUUUUACUCUAAGUAGGUAGUGUAAAGUAGCACAGAUUAUGUUUAUAUAAGUUAAUAAAAGGGAUAGCCCAGUUAUUUUUAAAUAUAAAUUUACAUUUUAAAAACGUGUUCUGUCUAAUAGUUAUCAGCAGGUAUCAGCUGUGACAUCAGUCUUAGAGCACAGAUUAAUGAGAAAAAGGUGGAAGUCUUCACAGGCUGGACUAAAGCUAACCAAACGAGUGUUUUAUUGUUUUUUUCAGAGUUGUAUAAAGUACCUCAAAGUGAUACUUGAGUAAAAGUACAAGUAUCUUACCA